AGCUCAUUUCCGAGCAGGUGACACACGGUGAGAAGAUUCACUCUUACACCAAAAAUACUGCAAGAACCGAACAAAAGCAUCUGCAGGUAGGAAAGCUGAAAACACUGGGAGCAUUUUGUGAGUUUAAAACUUGCACUUUAACCUGCCUGCAGACUCCAAGAUAAGAUCUGAGCGAGCCCUGACUGAAAGUGAAAGUAACUUUAGAAGAACUCUCUCGACUGCCUGACUCUGCUGCCAGUUUUCUUUUGGCUGUGGGAGAAAAUGCAUUCCAUCUCCGAGGAGGACCUCUGCUGCCCGAUCUGCACUGGGAUCUACAGGAACCCCGUAGUGCUGUCCUGCAGCCACAGCUUCUGUAAAAUUUGCAUACAGAAAUGGUGGCAGGGGAAAAAGGAGCGCGAGUGUCCAUGUUGUAAGAGGAAAUCCUCAAAGAGUGACCCCCCGAAUAACUUGGCCCUGAGGAACCUGUGUGAGGCCUUCUUAUCGGGCAGCGAGCAGAGAGAGUCGGCAGGUCUGUGCAAACUGCACUCUGAGAAGCUCCGCCUCUUCUGCCUGGACCAUCAGCAACCGGUUUGUCUCGUCUGUCGAGAGUCAAAGAUGCACAAACAGCACGAGUUCAGACCCAUCGACGAGGCCGCACAGGAUCACAGAGUGAAGCUCCAGAUUGAACUCACGCCUCUGCAAGAGAAACUGGCUCUUUUUGAAGAAUUCAAAGAGAAAUACGAUCAAACAGCAAAGCACAUGGUGGCCCAGGCUCAGCAGACAGAGGAACACAUCAAGGAGCAGUUCAAGAAGCUCCAUCAGUUUCUCCAAGAGGAAGAGGAGACCAGGAUCGCUGCUCUGAGAGACGAACAGGACCAGAAGAAUCAGCUGCUGAAAGGAAAGAUUCAAGUUCUGAGCAGAAACAUUUCAGUUCUGUCAGAUGUUAUCAGAGCCACAGAAACGGAGCUGAGAGCUGAAGACGUCCCAUUCCUGAACAACUACAAGGCUGCAGUGGAGAGAGUCCAGCAGCUUCCCCAUCUGCAAGAUCCAAAGCUGAUCUCUGGGGUUCUGAUCGACGAGGUCAACCAUGUGGGCAACCUGGCCUUCAACAUCUGGAAAAAGAUGAAGCAGGUGGUCUCCUGGGCUCCCGUGAUUCUGGACCCGAACACGGCCGACCCGGAACUCAAAGUGUCCGCAGAUCUGAGGAUCGUGAAAGCCGUGAAGCAACAGAAGCUUCCGGCAAACCCAGAGAGGACCAAAUACUCCUGCUCCGUCCUUGGUUCCCAAGGCUUCAACUCCGGAAGUCACUCCUGGGAAAUUUACGUCGGAAACAACAAGGACUGGGAACUGGGCGUGCUGGGAGACCAAACGGGGUCAAACGGACGCCUGCAGUCGAGACUUUGGAGGAUUCUGUUCUCUGACGGCAAACUGACGGCAUUCUCUUCGUCAGAUGUAGAGAAACAUCUGACAGUCAAGACCAAGCUGGAGAAGGUCAGAGUUCAUCUGGACUUUGGUCGUGGAAAGUUGUCAUUCUCAAACAGCGACACUGAAACACACUUACACACCUUCAUGCACAAGUUCUCCGACACAGUGUUUCCCUACAUUUACACUGAAAGCCCACAGCCACUGAAGAUUCUGCCGGCGAAGGUGUCUGUGACUGUGGAGUGUGUGUAGCUGAGUAAAUGAAGAGAAAGACUGAUGCUGCGUUCACACCGGACGCAUCGUGGGCUUCGUCGAGGCUUAGGACGCCUCGAAGCUGACGCUUAUGAUGCUUCAAGCACGAUGCAUGACACCAGGAGGUCACAAAGCUCACGACGCUCGCCAGUUUAUUGGAGGCUGAACGGGAGGCUGUGAUUUCUGUUUCCAGCUCUGGCGGAAACGCAUUAGGAGAGUGGAUUGGCUUUAUUUGUUAGCUAGCUAACCCUAUGCUUUCUAUUCUUGUCUCUGUAGUGGUCUGACGACGUGUCAUAAAGCUCAGGACGAGCGCACACAGCCACAAUCAACUUCCAAUCUUCCAUCGCUGUCUUUCUUUUCCGGACUCCUGGUCCUGACGUGAAACGUAGUGACGUAGCACCGGAGGGAUCGUCUCUGAUUGGUUGACGCCCCGCAGCAGCGGGUCGAAAGUUCAGUUUUCCCAACUCUCAAAAAGCGACGCUCACGACGUCGCUGACGCCGGGGACGCAUGUCCUGGGCGUCAGACGCUCGAAAUGCUUGAAAAGUCGAUGCUCCUGACGCUCCUGAAGCGCCACCCCGCCGCCCGCCGCUCCACGACGCUCGUCCACCAUAGACUUUGCACAGAAAAGCGCCGCCCGUGACGCUUGCGACGUAUCCGGUGUGAACGCACCAUGAGUCUUCUUUGAAGCAGCUUUAUUACUGAGGUGGGAUGAGAGUUUGAAAAUAAUGUGAGACGUGAUAAAGGUUUACUGACGGCACUGAAAGGUGAUUUCAGAUUAAAAAAAAAAAAAAGAUGGCAUUUAAGUGUGAAUAUUAUUACUAUAAAUGUUCUGAAUGGAAGUAGGUCGGACAGGGAGUUAUGUAAUUCUGUUGUCAUAAAAGGUUUAGAGCUGGUUUAGAGUUUUCGCAUCUAAACUAAAGUGAUUGUUUAACAAAGGAGGUAUUUUUAGAAUAAUCAGAAGAUUUUUGCUGCGUUCUUGAUUGAGAGUUAGAUGUAAAAAUAGAAUUACCAAAAAUAAUCGUAUGUUGUUGAGUGUAUGCUUCAUUUAUUUGGAUAAUGCAGAUUAUUUUAAAGUGAGAUGUCAAUAAGCAACAGUCAUGUUCUCAAAUCUGUCAAAAAAAAAACAGAAGAAAAGUUUUUUUUCUUUGUAAUUGAUGGCUUCAGUUGUGGGACAAUAAAAAAAAA